CACCCACGCCGCCGCACCGCUCCCUCCCCCCAUCUCCACCCAGUGUAGGGAUACCCCGGUGGGAAGGGGGAAAAAAACAGGAGCAGAAGAAACAGCAGCAGCAGCCAGCAAGCGGCGGCAAGGCGGAAUGGUGGUCGCCGUCGCGUCGCCCUCGUCGGCGGCGCCCUCUGCCGGCCGCCCCCACCCGACGUACAAGGAGAUGGUCGUGCAGGCGCUGACGGAGCUGCGGGACCCGGGCGGCUCGAGCCGCCGCGCCAUCGCCAAGUACAUCGCCGACCACUUCUCCGGCCUCCACUCCAGCCACGAGGCGCUGCUCUCCGUCCACCUCCGCCGCCUAAGGUCCCAGGGCCAGCUCCGACUCGUCUCCGGCAACUACUUCCUCUCCGCCGAGGCUCCCCCUCCGCAGCAGCAGCGGCGGGGUCCCGGCCGCCCGCCCAAGCAGAAGCGUGGCCGGGGGCGGCCUCGCAAGAACGCAGAUUUGGCUCCCUCCUCUCCGAUCCCGAACCUUCAGGGGCCCAAGCGAGGGCCUGGACGCCCGCGGAAGAACGCCCUUGUCCCGGCGGCUUCACCUGCUUUCACUCUGCUGGGAGCAAUUGCUGCGCCGUCUCCAUCUGGGGUCAAGCGGGGCCGUGGACGCCCACGAAAGAACGCCCUUGUCCCGAUGCCGGGGGCCAUUGCUGCACCGCCUCCAUCUGGUGUCAAGCGGGGGCGUGGGCGCCCACCGAAGAACGCCCUUGCCCCGGUGGCUUUCCCUGCCUCGCCGCUGCCGGGAGCCACUGCUCCGCCGCCGCCAUCUGGGGUCAAGCGGGGGCGUGGACGCCCACGGAAGAAUGCCAUUGUCCCGGUGGCUUCCUCUACUUUGCCGCUACCGGGACCAGUUUCUCUGCUGCCUCCAUCUGGGAUCAAGAGGGGGCGUGGACGCCCACGGAAGAACGCCCUUGCCCUGGUGGAUUCCUCUACUUGGCCGCUGCCAGGAGCAACUGCUGCACCACCUCCAUCUGGGGUCAAGCGGGGGCGUGGACGCCCACGGAAGAACGCCCUUGCCAUGGUAGUUUUCUCUUCUUUGCCUCUGUCGAGAGCGAUUGUUCAGCCGCGUCCAUAUGGGGUCAAGCAGGGGCGUGGACGCCCGUGCAAGAAUUCCUACCCUGUUGCUUCGCCGCUGCAGGGAUUAGUAGCAUCUGUGAGUAGUGACAGUGUAGUUGGUGCAAAGAGGGGACGAGGACGCCCUCCUAAGGUUGUGGCUGCUGGGAAGAGAAAGCGUGGCCGACCUCCUAAGGAGAAGAUGCAACCUGAAUCUGUGCAAUCUGCAGAUGGUCCAUUGACUAAGAGAGGGCCUGGAAGACCAAGGAAGGAGAAGACAUUGGAAAGUGGUCACUUGGAAGCUGCACAGAUGGCUGAGGGUCAACAUGAAGCAUUGCCACUGUUAGCACAAGCUGCGAGCCAAGCUGAGGCUGUGCAAAAUGAAGUUGAAGCUAGGAGUUUGCAACCCUUUGGCACUCCUUUGACGGAGAAGAGAGGUCGCGGGCGACCUAGAAAGAGGCCAUUGGAAACUGAAACUGCUGAAACAGGAGUUGCUGCAUUGGUGGUCAAGAGGGGGCGGGGGAGGCCAAGAAAGGAGAAUCCAACGCCAGGGAGGUCUAUAGAAACUGGGCUUACUGCAUCGAUGGGGAUCAAAAGAGGGCCUGGAAGGCCAAGAAAGGAGAAUCCAUCGUCAGGGAGGUCUACAGAAACCGGGCUUACUGCAUCGAUGGGGAUCAAAAGAGGGCCUGGAAGGCCAAGAAAGGCCAGGCCUUCUGAAACCGUGUCUGUGGAAACUGCAGUUGAGGUAUCUACAAUAUUGACAGAAGGGAGGCCUGAAAAGCUGGCACCAAGGAAGAAAACAGAAACUCAAGGUGUACUUUUGGUUGAGGAGAUGGAUGCUCGGCCUGCAAAUUCUGGAUGUGUGCUAGUGUCUGGAGAAGAGGCAGAAAUUGCGCCCAUGGAUGCUGGAGGGGCAGUGCCUAGGGUAGUGUCAGGAGAAGAGGCAGCAAUUGCUCCCAGGGAUGCUGGAGGUGAAGUGCCAGGGGUAGUGUCAGGAGAGGAGGCAGCAAUUGCUCCCAUGGAUGCUGGUGAUGCAAUGCCAGGGGUUGAUCCAAUGGACUCUGACGUGGGCACCAAGAGUCAUUAGUGGGCUGAGGGCCGCAACAGCAAGAAUGAGAGAAUGAUAGUACCUGGAAAGCAGAGUAGAACCUGUAGUUGUGGAACUGUGUUCAUGUCAUAAUGGAUAUAGUUAAUCAACAUACUGCAAAGAUUGCCAUAUGUUUGCAACCAAGAUGAUUACUGGAAUUUAAGUAGUUAAUUGGAGUCUGCACUGGAUGAGUUUCUUUUGGGGUUAGAUUUAAAUUUGUAAUCUACAUCUUCUUCCAUGGACAAAGACUAGAGCAUUUGUAGUUUGUUGCUUGUACUGAAACUAGCUCAGUAAUGAUAAGAUUUGUUUUGCAGUUUCAUCAUCUUUUA